AAGCGAGGCGGGAAGCGAGGCGGUCACCGUCCCCACGCGGCCACUUGCCGCUCACUCUUAGUGCUAGACGGAGGGCUGCAGAGAAGAGAACCCCCUUCCACGGAUUAUUUUAUAGAGGAACCUUUGCAACCACUGGGAAGAAGGAGUUUUUUUUUCUUUCCCCCUCCCUCCCAGCCAUGAGGCAGGUUUGGAAUUAAAGAGUUCUGGUAACAGGAUUGGAGUCCGUAAACUGAUAGAGACCAGAUAGCAACCUGUAUUGCUGGCUCCUCCACUAGCUGGAUUUAAUUUCUUGGAUAUUAAGUUGCAAAUCUGAAGAGAUGGCACUGCUUGCACUGCACGUGUUGAUUGGGAUAUUUAUUUACUCUAGCCAUGUAAAAGGAUCUUCUCAGCCUCAAGCAAGGGUGUUUCUAACAUUCAAUGAGCUGCAAGAAACUAAGACCUCCGAAUAUUACAGAAUAUCUCACAGUCCCCUGGAUUACAGGAUAUUAUUUAUGGAUGAAGAUCAGGACAGGAUCUAUGUGGGCAGCAAGGAUCAUAUUUUGUCUUUGAAUAUUAAUAAUAUAAGCCAGGACCCUCUCAGUAUUUUCUGGCCAGCAUCAGCAAACAAGGUUGAAGAGUGCAAAAUGGCUGGCAAAGAUCCUACGCAUGGCUGUGGAAAUUUUGUGCGCGUGAUACAGUCCUACAACCGCACACACCUGUAUGUUUGUGGUAGCGGAGCCUUCAGCCCCGUGUGUGUGUAUGUCAACAGAGGGCGCAGGUCUGAGGAACAAAUCUUCAAGAUUGACUCCAAGUGUGAAUCAGGGAAGGGACGCUGCUCUUUCAACCCUAAUGUGAACACGGUGUCUGUUAUGAUCAAUGAAGAACUUUUUUCAGGAAUGUACAUUGAUUUCAUGGGGACAGAUGCUGCCAUUUUCCGGAGCCUAACUAAACGCAAUGCUGUAAGAACCGAUCAACACAACUCAAAGUGGCUAAGCGAGCCUAUUUUUGUGGAUGCUCAUGUUAUCCCAGAUGGCACUGACCCCAAUGAUGCCAAAGUCUACUUCUUCUUCAAAGAAAGACUCACAGACAACAGCGGCAGCACAAAGCAAAUUCAUUCAAUGAUUGCAAGAAUAUGCCCAAAUGACACAGGUGGUCAACGUAGUCUUGUAAAUAAGUGGACAACGUUCUUGAAAGCAAGACUUGUGUGCUCAGUAAUGGAUGAAGAUGGAACAGAAACAUACUUUGAUGAAUUAGAGGAUGUGUUUCUUUUGGAAAUGGAUAACCCCAGAACAACACUUGUGUAUGGAAUUUUUACAACAUCAAGCUCCAUAUUUAAAGGCUCUGCUGUGUGUGUAUAUCAUUUAUCUGACAUCCAGACCGUGUUCAACGGGCCAUUUGCGCACAAGGAGGGCCCAAACCACCAGCUGAUUCCAUAUCAGGGCAGAAUUCCRUAUCCACGACCUGGCACUUGUCCAGGAGGAGCCUUCACACCUAAUAUGCGGACAACCAAAGAGUUUCCAGACGAUGUUGUGACCUUCAUCAGGAAUCACCCUUUGAUGUUUAAUCCCAUUUACCCAAUCCACAAGAGGCCAUUAAUUAUUAGGAUAGGAACAGACUACAAGUAUACAAAGAUUGCUGUGGACCGUGUGAACGCUGCUGAUGGAAGAUAUCAUGUCUUGUUUCUUGGAACAGAUCAAGGAACUGUUCAAAAAGUUGUUGUCCUACCCACUAACUUCUCUGCAAGUGGAGAACUCAUUUUAGAAGAGCUGGAGGUUUUUCAGAGUAAUUCUCCAAUAACAUCCAUGAAGAUUUCAUCUAAAAAGCAACAGUUGUAYGUGAGCUCGGAGGAGGGGGUCACCCAGGUGUCCCUGCAUCGCUGCCAUAUCUAUGGGACCGCCUGCGCUGACUGCUGCUUGGCCCGGGAUCCUUACUGCGCCUGGGACGGCAAUUCCUGCUCCCGGUUCUAUCCCACAGGGAAAAGGAGGAGUCGUAGGCAAGAUGUGAGACAUGGAAAUCCUAUGACUCAGUGCCGAGGUUUCAACCUGAAAGCAUACAGAAACGCUGCAGAAAUAGUGCAGUAUGGAGUAAAAAACAACACCACCUUUCUUGAAUGUACACCCAAAUCUCCUCAGGCUUCUAUUAAAUGGUUACUACAGAAGGACAAUGACAGAAGGAAAGAGGUCAAGCUUAAUGAAAGGAUCAUAGCUACUCAGCAAGGACUCCUGAUUCGCUCUGUCCAAGACACUGAUCGAGGACUCUACCACUGCAUUGCAACAGAGAACAGCUUCAAGCAAACCUUAGCCAAGAUCAAUUUCAAAGUGUUGGAUUCGGAGAUGGUGGCCUUCAUGACUGACAAGUGGUCACCUUGGACCUGGGCCAGUUCAGUACGAGCGCUGCAGUUCCACCCAAAGGACUUUGUGGGAGCAUUCAGCCAUUCAGAAAUGCAGAUGAUUAAUCAGUACUGCAAAGACAGUAGACAGCAAGGUCAGCAAAGGGAACAGUCCCAGAAGAUGAGAGGGGACUACAGCAAAUUAAAGGCCCUUAUUAAUAGCAGGAAAAGUAGAAACAGAAGGAAUCAGUUACCUGGAUCUUAAUUUCAUUUGGUAGCAGUAGAUAUCUUUGUCCUCACUGUAGGGGGCUUAUAUUUGUCUGUUGAAAAAAAAUUUGAGCAAACUUGAUAAACAUUUAUAUCCAAUAAGCCUCACAACAAAAUGCAGUGUAACUUAACUAAGGAAAAAUAUUGGAGCAUUUUAUUUCCUAGAUGCUUCCUGACACUAGGCCAAGUCCUGUCCUAGACACAAACCUGAGUAUUUAUCUUAAACCAGAUUCACAUUUGACAUUUCAAUAUUUAAUUACUGAUGAAUAGAAAUCUUUUAAAAAAACAAUGUAUUACUUUGUGACUCUGGAACUGUACCUGAYGGAAUUAUGGUGAAAGAAUCUGGGUUAAGAUGCACGCUCAGAGUAGAAUGGUACUAAGAUUUCCUUGCACUGCACUUAAUAAUAUGAGUUUCUACUUGUUUACGGUUCAAUAUUGGGUUUACAGCUUUCAAUCACUGUUCAAAUCAUGUGAAUUCAUGCAUAUAGGAAGCAAGUAAAUUAUAGUAGAAAUGCUUCAUUCAGAGGUCAAAUGAAGGAACAGGUAGAAGAACAGAAAUAAUUGUUUUUUAUAUUUUAUCAGAGGACACACUGAUUAUUGUGCAUAGUAUGAGUUGUAAUAAAUUAAUACGUUCUGGAAUGUAACUUAAAAUAUGUCUGCUCAUAUUGAUUUCUAUUAAUAUAGGAUGUCCUAUAACACUACAUAGCUUUUUUAAGUGGCACAAAGCUAACAUGACUGUUCUUUGUAGGUACAAUUUUAAAAGGCACCUAAGUGACUUAGGUAUUGAACUGUUUUUCAGAGUUACACUCCAAGCUUUUCAGAUGCAGAAUGUGGGUGUACUAUACCAUUUACUCAAAAACUAAACCCACAGGUUAUCCUUAAAAUGUUCCAUGAUUAUAUUGGAACUGGUCUUCAGUGUGGAGACAAGUCUUGAGCAUCUUCUGAUGCUGAAUCUAAAAAAUUUUGAAAAAAUAUUUU